UUCAAAAAGAUGAUGAAAGACUUUGAGGAGAUAAAUCUCAAACACACAUCCUUAACAGAAGAGAACAAACUAUUGAGUGAAGAGAAUCUCAAGUUGACUGAAAGUCGGAAUAGUCAACUGAAUGAGAUCACUCAACUCAAGACUGAAAAUGAAUCUCUCUCUGAAAAGGUAAAAUCCCUUAACAAAGAGCUAGGGAUACUCAAGUCCCAAGAAGUAGUGAACAAGCUGCUUGAAACGACCAAACAUAAGGAUCACAAAGGACUUGGGUUUGACUCCUCUAGUUCCAAAAGGAAAGGGAAGACAACUUUCAUCCCUCCUAAACCUACUGCCAAAUCUAAUAAGCAGAAAGGGAAGGAAAAGGAGAAACCAACAAAAGUUCCCAAAAAGGAAGCCGCUAAGUACCCAGGUGUCUGGUACUUAGACAGUGGCUGCUCAAGACACAUGACGGGUGAUGCGAGCCUUUUGAGCAAUCUAAUUCCCUAUGAUGGUACAAGGGUUACUUUUGGAGGAAGCAACGAUUUUGGCCUUACUAAAGGGCUAGGAAAUCUGGUGUACAAGGGACUAACCAUCCAAGCUGUAUCUUAUGUUGAAGGACUCAAUUAUAACCUUCUUAGCAUAAGUCAGUUUUGUGAUAAAGAAGACCUGCAUAUGGAAUACCUGGCCAACACACCAGUUUCAGACUGUGAAGCAGAUGAUGAAGACACUGCUGUCUUCAAGCCAGUCUUCACUAGAGCCACAGAAGAACAAAUGGCUCUCACCUCUGAAGAAAUAGCUGUUUUGGAAGCAACAGCUGAGGAUUUCCCUAUCUUUCCGGAAACCUCACCUGCGUUUGAAAUGGUUCUGACUGAAACUGUUCAAGAGAAGGCAGCCUCUCCCCCACAAGAGCAGAACCAGGAAGCAACUGAAGAAGAAGAAUUUCAGCGACUGAUCCAAUCUCAAGUGCUCGAGAUCCUCACUACUCCUUGUGAGAUCUCCAAUCAGACACAACUUGAGAUUCUGGAAAAGUCAGCAGAAAUUCCGGAACAGUCAGCUAUUCCAGAAACCAUGGAGAAAGCAGUAGAAGUCCAAAGGCACUCUGGAGAAGCUGAGAAGGAAACUCAGAUGGCAGAAGUGGAGGUCUCUCAAACUCCAAUAGCCAUCUUUGAAGAACCAAAUGAAGCUGAAGAUAGUGACUCCCUCUCCAGAUACAUAUCAAAUUUUGCACUUGAUGAAGCUGAAGGAGAAUCUGAGAGGACACUAAAGGUCACUGAUGAAGAAGAUGUACAAGAAGAUGCUGAAUCUCUUCCUUUGCAACUCUUCCAAAGGACAUCAUCUCCUCAUCAGAAGGUCCAAGGGCUGAUUGAAUCAGCCCUAGCAUCUCAACAUGCCUCCUUUAGGCAAGAGAUAGAGCUAAUGGAAGCCAAACACACUAAGCUGAUAGAGAAAUUUGAAGAGAAACACAGCGCUGAUCUCAAGGAGAUAAGUAAAUCAGUAGAAAAGACUCUAGAGAUCAUCUCUCUAUUGAGUAAAACUGUGAGCAAUACGAUGGAAAUAUACACCUCUGACAAUCAACUGCAACUCAAUGAAUUCAACAAAGUCAAGGAGCAAAUAGCAAAUGUCACAGUUGGUCUACAAAAACAGAUGUCCCUUCUCCAAAUGGACAUCAGAUCAGCCCUAGCAAUAGCUUCAGCAAAUCAGAUGGAAGUGAUUCUCCAACAACACAGUCCAUCUCCAAUACCAGAGCUCCCUAUUGCAAUCAACGAAGGAGAAGCAUCUUAUAUCCCUUCUCAUCUGAACAUGACCAAUCUGAUCCUUGAAGCACAGCAAAGAAAUCCGGAAAACUCAGCACAGCACCUAUCCAACUCAGAACUGGAUGGAACAGAAUUUAUAGGUGCAGUUGCUGACCACUUCUCAGAUGCUACUCAAUCAGAAGAAAGGCAUGAAAACUAAAAGCGCAUCAAAGAACUGUGUGGGAACAUGCAGGGCAUCAGUGAGGUUGCCGGAUCUUCAAAACGCAAGAGGAACUGAAGGUUCUUUUCAUCAAACCAGGGGGAAAGUAUGUGAAAACACUAAUUUGUUUUGAUGAAAACACCUUCUUAUUUAAACAUUGCAUUAUUGCUUCAACAAUUUUUUAAUUGCGCUUAUUAUGCUAAAUUAUGCUUAAUUAUUUCUUUCUGAAGCGCAUACAUUCAGGGG